AUGGGGCGGCGGCGGCGGGGGGCGCUGCCGGAGCCGGCGGGCGGCUGCUCCUGCUGCCUGGCGGCGGCGCUGCCGCUGCUGCUGCUGCUGCUGCCCGCCGGGUGCCCGGUGCGGGCGCAGAACGACACUGAGCCCAUCGUCCUGGAGGGGAAGUGCCUGGUGGUCUGCGACUCCAGCCCCUCCGCCGACGGCGCCAUCACCUCCUCCCUGGGGAUCUCGGUGCGCUCGGGCAGCGCCAAGGUGGCCUUCUCGGCCACCCGCAGCACCAACCACGAGCCCUCCGAGAUGAGCAACCGCACCAUGACCAUCUACUUCGACCAGGUAUUAGUUAAUAUUGGCAACCAUUUUGAUCUUACUUCCAGUAUAUUUGUAGCACCAAGAAAAGGGAUAUAUAGUUUCAGUUUCCACGUGGUCAAGGUCUAUAACAGACAAACCAUCCAGGUAAGUUUAAUGCAAAACGGCUACCCAGUGAUUUCAGCUUUUGCAGGGGAUCAGGACGUCACCAGAGAAGCAGCCAGCAAUGGGGUCUUGCUCCUCAUGGAAAGAGAAGACAAAGUGCAUCUCAAACUGGAAAGGGGUAACCUCAUGGGAGGGUGGAAAUAUUCAACCUUUUCCGGCUUCUUAGUCUUUCCACUAUAA